UUAUAAAGCGGACAGCAUCAGUGAGGUGAUCAUCUUCGAGACGAUCAGCCUCCGAUAAAGCGACCAACACAUCAAGAUCUGAUCUACAAGCAACCACAGACUCAAACAUGAAGCCCUACUGCAUCUUCAUCUCCUGCCUUGUGUUCUUCGCUUUCUGCUCACUGGCACGCAGUGAAUUCAGCCAUGGUCCCGAUGAGUGCUGCUUUUCUUUUUCCAAUGUAAAAAUCCCAGUAAAGCAGGUUAAGAGUUAUCAUACUACACAUAUUGAGUGCAACAGUAAUGGUGUCAUUAUCACCACAAAAGCCCAAAGAAUGAUCUGUGUUGACCCGACAGAGAAAUGGGUUCAGAGACUGAUCAACUUGGUGGAUGAUCAAAAAAUUAAGAUGUCACACAGCAGCUCUGGAGACAGCGACUAAGAUGUGAAUGGCCCUUCUCUUUUCAGACUAUUGAACUGCACAGUUUUCAAACUGAUUUUAAGCUUUUAUGUAAAAAAUAAAUAAAUAAAUAAAAAUAAAUAAAAACUUAUGUAUGCACCUGCACAAUGCUGUUAUUCAGUUAUGAUGAUUGUGAUAUAUAUCUAUUCAAAGCAUAUUUAAACUAAAAUUGUUGAGUUUAAUGUAAACCUGUUUGAAUUUUAACACAUCCAUACAAUAAAAAUAUGGUGAAACAA